AUGGGGCAGGACAACUGUACCAUUGUGACAGAAUUCAUUCUUCUUGGGUUAUCAGAUGUCCCUGAGCUGAGAUUCUUUCUCUCCAUGCUCUUCCUUCUCAUCUAUGGAGUCACGUUUCUGGCCAACUUGGGCAUGAUUGCACUGAUUCAGGUCAGCUCUAAACUUCACACUCCCAUGUACUUUUUCCUCAGCCAUCUGUCCUUUGUGGAUUUUUGCUGCUCCACAACUAUUGUGCCAAAGAUGCUGUACAAUAUCUUAAACAAGGAAAACACCAUCUCCUUCCUGGGAUGCAUGGUGCAAUUCUACUUGUUUUGCGCAUUUGCAAUCACUGACAUAUUCCUGCUGGCUGUGAUGGCCUAUGACCGCUUUGUGGCCAUCUGUAACCCACUGCUCUACAUGGUCUCCAUGUCCCAGAAACUCCGUAUGGUGCUGGUAUCUGGCUGCUACCUGUGUGGGACUGUGUGUUCUCUGAUUCACUUGUGUUUAGCUCUUGAAAUCCCAUCCUAUAGAUCCAAUGUGAUUAACCACUUCUUUUGUGAUCUGCCCCCGCUCUUAUCUCUUGCUUGCUCUGAUGUCACGAUGAAUGAACUGCUGCUGUACAUUGUGGCCAUGUUCAAUGAGGUCAUCACCAGCAUGAUCAUCCUCACCUCCUACUUGUUUAUUGUCAUCACCAUCCUGAGGAUGCGCUCUGCAGAGGGAAGGCGCAAAGCCUUUUCCACCUGUGCCUCCCACCUCACAGCCAUCAUUAUCUUCCAGGGAACAGUCCUUUUCACUUAUUGCCGGCCUAGUUCUGGCAACAGUGUGGAUACUGACAAAGGAGCCUCGGUGUUCUACACUGUAGUGAUUCCCAUGCUGAACCCCCUGAUCUACAGCCUGAGGAACAAGGACGUGAAAGAAGCUCUCAGAAAAGUGGUGGGCUCCAAAUUCCUUUUUGAGAAGCUGUUUGUUUAG